GACAUAAAGUAACAGUAAUUACAAUUGAUAUGUUAACGCUAUUAAUUUGAAAUUCGCAUAUUAAAUAUAACGGUGUCAAAAUUUGCUGUUUAUUAAUUAGAAAUGACGAGUCCAAAUAUAUCUUUGUUGAUAUGGUGUGAUGGCCGUAUUGUGAGUUCUCCGUGUGGAAUAGAAUACCACGGGGGUCGUCCGGUUAAUAUGGCGCUUAGCGAGAGAAUGAGUUUCGAGGAAUUACAAAAUAUUUGUAGAAGAGCAGUUUCUACCGACGGGGAAGUAGAAAUUUCAAAAAUCUACUUUCGGCUUCCAAGAAUAGUUGAGGGUGCGAUACGGUCGUACUCGUUGUUUUCUGUGGAGAAUAACGAGCAUGUGUUUGGAAUUCUGAACGAGGUCGUGCGGUAUCCGCAACUAGAGAUUUUGGAAUUGUACGUGGAAUACGAGGCCGUGGUUCGCAACACGACUUUACUAGAUCAGUUGGUCUUAGGUGAUUCAAGCGGGUCUGAGAGGGGUAGUGGUGAAGAGGAAGAAGAGGAAGAAGAGGAUUUCUACGACAGCAACGAAGAGGAUGUCGAGGAAGACUUAGGAGCAGAUUCGCAAUAUGAGUCGCAACUUCCUGAGCAUGUAAGAACGGCGGAUCUUUGCGACUUUGACGUCGCCCCGGAGGCUGAUGAAAAGAUUAUGUGGGAUCCUGGGAUGGAAUUCCGAGUAGGGAUGGUAUUCCCAAAUCGCGAUGCCGUCCGAGCUUGUGCGACUACUUAUUCGGUCGGGGUGGGAAGGGAGUUCAAGGGUCGCCGGACUACCAACUCCACAAUAGUGUUGGCUUGCAGGCAGAACCCUGUAUGUAAAUGGUGGCUGCGCGCUACACUUCUGCAAGCAACUCAGACGUGGACGUUGACAAAAUAUAUUGGCCCGCACACGUGCAAUCAGCUGUUACCUGAUCCAAACCAUCAGAAUUUUGGGUCUGUUGCAAUCGCAGACUAUAUCAAGGGUCAAGUAAAGCUGCAACGUGAUAUACGGAUCGAUACCCUCAGAGCUGGAAUUUGGCAACAAGUUGGAGUUAGGCCUCCGUAUAAACGAACCUGGAAUGCAAAGGAAAAGGCAAUAGCUGAUGUUUACGGUGGCUGGUAUGAAUCAUUUGGUAUGGUUCACAAGUUCAUGAACGAGAUGAUGCAUGUCAACCCUGGAUCUUUCUGGGAUGCAGAAGGCGCUGAGGUGUACACCGACGGGAUCCUUCAGCCGAAAGUCGUAACGUUCAUCCGAAUGUUCUGGACUUUCAAACCGACAAUUGAAGGGUUUCGUUUUUGCAAGCCAGUUUUGUUCGUCGACGGUACUCAUUUGUAUGGCAAAUACAAAAUGACCUUGUUGAUCGCGUCGGCAAUCGAUGGGAACAGUCACAUCAUGCCACUGGCAUUUGCACUUGUUGAAUCUGAAAGUACUGCCAGUUAUGAGUACUUUUUUGAACAUUUGCGUGAGCACGUGAUUUGCGAAAGGAAGGUGGCCAUUAUAUCUGAUCGGCAUGCUGGAAUAUUGUCGGUUCUGAAGCGUCCUGAAUGGGCCGGUGUCGCCCACAAGUUUUGCAUCAGACAUUUCUGUAGUAAUUUUCAGACCAAGUUUAGGAAUAAGGUUUUGAAGAAGCUGGCGGAUAAAGCAGGUAAUGAUUUUAUACGAGUCAUUAUAAACGCUACAUAGGUUAUUAUUAUGCGCUAAUAUUAUGGUUUGCCACAUAGGCCGAGCAUAUCAGAAGCACAAGUAUAAACGCUACAUGGCAGCGAUCGAGGUUAGAAGCCCAGAAGCGUAUGCAUGGCUGACUAAGCAAGAAAAGCGGCCUAAAGAAAAGUGGACAAGGGUGUAUGACAAAAAAGGGCAACGACACAAUGUGAUGACAACUAACUAUGCUGAGUCUGUCAACGCGACACUGAAGAAUAUAAGGGGGCUUCCGAUCACAUCAAUGCUUGAGGCAAUUUUUGCUCGGAUGGUUAAAAUGUUCGACACGCGUUGGAAGACGUAUGAGGAGUUGAUUGCUACAAACGUUCACUACACCCCAAUAUGCAUCCAACUACUGAAGCAGAGGGGGGAGAAGGCCCGUUUUCAUACAAGUCAGACGUACGACCGUUCUACGAUGACAUGCAAAGUGGAAACUAGGAAGAACCACUCAAAUGGGAGAGGAGGAAAUACCCAUACGGUAAAUCUUCAGCAUAAGAAAUGCACGUGCGGUAAAUUCCAGCAAUUUAAGUUGCCCUGCUCUCAUGCUAUGGCCGUUUGUGCGAAGGAGAAGCUGAACCCUCUUGAGUUUGUGCAUUGGCAUUACCAGACCAAGUUUGCAAUUCAAUGCUGGAACACUCCAUUUAAAGUGUUACGUGCCGGCACAUACUGGAAGAAGUCCGGCGUAGGCGAACCCCACUUCAUUCCAAACCCUGAAUGGCGUCGACAAAGAGGGCGUCCAGUCAACCAGCGCUUCAGGAACGAGAUGGAUCAGGAAUACAGGGAAGAUCUGAGUCCUAACUGGUGUAGUAGAUGUUGUCGCCGGGGUCACAAUGCAAAUGAUUGUACCAAUCCUAUCCGAGAUGAGUAGAUUAUGACUGUUAUCGUGUAAUAGACAGGAAGUAGUUAUGACUGUUAUUGUAUUUGUGAUGACUGUUAUUGUAUUUGUGAUGAUUGUUAUUGUUUUAAUGAAUGUUACUUUAGUAAUGUAUUAUUCUUAUGAAUCUCCUUUUAGUAAUUCUUACGAAUAUCAUUCACUAAUGUAUUAUUCUUAUGAAUGUUUGUUGUAAUUUUUAAUAACUGUUGUAUGUAUUUGUUAUUUCAGCUAUGGCUGAACGUCGGGACUACUACACUCCUGGGCCGUUGGUGCCAGACGUUCUGACAAUGCAGGACGAUCACAGAUCCUCGGUUAUUUGGGAUAACCAGGGCGACGAGUCUUCCUUAGGGUCACGUUCGAGCGCCAGACUUACUCCAUUUCACGAGCUAGAUUCUCGCAUCAGGAAUGGGAUUAUUCAGACUGGCAUGUCUGGUUUUCUAGCGAUGCGCCAGUUUCCAGUUGACUUGUGCCUUAUCACAGCUCUUGUGGAGAGGUGGAGACCAGAGACACACACGUUUUGGUUUCCAGAGGGCGAGUGUACUAUCACGCUGCCGGACGUGGCCAUCCUGACAGGGCUCCCAGUGGAUGGGACGCCAGUUACCGGACCUCGUAUACGGGAUUGGAACACGGUGUCUGUUCCUCUUUUAGGGAGGCAGUUAGAGGUCAGCCGUCCCCGUAAACCGGGGUCCUCGUGGGUCAGUGGUUCUUGGUUGUCAGCCCAGUUUGGUGGUUGGACGGUAUUGCCUGCGGGUGCUACAGAGGAUCAGGUUGACCAGGCGGUUCGAGGUUACCUUUGGGCUGCUUUACAGGGUCUGUGCUUUCCGGACUUGAACAGCGGCCACUUGGGCGUGAGGAUUCUUCCGCAUCUGGCGGAUUUAGGCCACUUGCGCGAUAUUAGCUGGGGAUCGGCUGUUCUGGCGUAUUUGUACCACGAGCUAUGCCUCUGCGCCUCUGCUUCGGCGGACAGACAGAACAUCGGGGGCGCCGUGUGGAUUCUACAGCUCUGGGCUUACGAGCGACUUAGGCCAUUGCGACCCCGUUUGGCCGACUUUGAUGUCA